UACCCCCCAAAACCUCCUGCUCCUCUCGCUUUGUGUAUAGUAUAGAUUUCCUGGGACUCUAUCCCAUGAGUGUGAUACCCCCCGAUCCCUGAGAUGGAGAGAAUGACUAAUGCUAUAUGUUCUCUGUGCAGGUCAGGCGCAGGUCUGGCAGACUCUCUGGCCGAUCCCCUGAUCAGGGCUCUCACCGAGAUCGCUAACAAACGGCCCAAGGAUCCCGUGGCCUAUCUCACCGGCUAUCUGCAGCACUUCAUGGGUGAACGGAAGCUCAUCACCGAAGUGGAAGUCCACACGGGCACUUCCACCUCCAAUGCCAUGGUCGAAUCUAAUCCGUUGCCGGUUGGCGGUCGCAAUGGCAUCGGCAAUGCAGAUCUCAUCGAGCUAGAUGCCCGAUCGCUGGCCGAAGAGGAGGAUAUUCUGACCGUCCAGCAUAUGGAGGAACGGGACGAGCAUGGGCAGAGCAUGUUGCACUUUGCCUGCGCCCGAUCCCAUCGCCGCGGCGCACUGUACACCCUCAUCGAGGAGUCUGGCAUCGAUAUCAGCUACCGGGAUGAGCUAUAUCGCACCGCUCGCGAUGUCUCCCUUCAGGCCAAUCAGCCCAACAAUGCGGCAGAGAUCGAUCGCUAUAUCCUGGCCCAGGCUGCCAUCGGCCAAGUGGAACCCUUUGAUCAACUGGCAUUGCAGGGCUACGAUCACAUCCUGGACAUUGAGGAUGAGAGCGGUCAGUCCAUUGGGGAUGUGGUUGCCACCCGACAGCACGAAGCCCUGGGCGAGUUCUUGGAAAAACUGCGUGGGCUGGAGGAGACCCGCGAGGAGCUGCACCAAAUGAUCAGGGAGAACAAUAUGGAGAGAGUGAGGGAGCUAACCGCCGUCUCCAAUGCCAAGUGGUUGAUUAAAACCAAGAACUACUACGGUCGAACCGCCCUGCACAUAGCAGUGCUGAAGGAGUCCGAGGAAAUGGUUCAGCACUUGGUGAAACUCUGUCCCGAGGCACUGAAGAUCACAGAUAAUCUGGAACGCACUGUUCUGCACUAUGCCAUGGGCACCAACUCACUGGAGAGCGUCAGUCGGAUACUGAUUCAGAACGGGGCAAGCGCACCGCCAAAGACCUGAAGGGCCGGCAGCCAAGUUAUUAUUUCAUCAACAAAGCGGACAUACUGCGACUUCAGGAAGAGGAGGAGGAGAGUCGCUAAAGAUCGUUUUCUGGUUGCAACUCGAGUCAAGCAAUAUGUAUAGAAUACUGUAAGCGUUAUAGUGCAAUAAAAGAAAUAUACUCGUAUCGAA